CGAAUGUCAGAAGUACUAAAGCUUUUAAAAUUUCAGAUGAAUGCGUUUUAAAUUAUCUUACGGAAUUCAUGAUUUUUAAACCUAUAAUUGUGGUAGUUUAUCAUAUCUGAUAUAUUUUAUAAUUUCAUUUGCCUUUCUAGUCAUGUUUCGCCCCGGAAAAAUCCGGGGAAAAAAACAACUUCCGGAUUUUGUUUGACAUCGCAAGUAAAGGUGUUGAUACGGUAAGGUAUCAGUUAUUCGAAUGGCAUCGGCGUCUUUAAAAACAAUCCAACAAAUAAUGCGGGUUAUGAAAGACAAGCCAGGCUUUGACCGAGUCCUAAACAAGGUAGAAGUGGUCUCGGCGUCGCCGGGCAAGGUGGUGUGCGAGAUGCAAGUGGCCGAGGAACACACCAACGGCUUCGGGACGCUGCACGGCGGCCUCACGGCCACCCUGGUGGACGUCAUCUCCACCAUGGCUAUCAUGUACAGCGACAGAGGAGCGCCCGGAGUCAGCGUCGACAUGAAUAUCACGUACAUGAACGCAGCCAAGCUGGGCGAGGACGUGCUUAUCACGGCUCAGGUGCUGAAGGAGGGACGAACGUUGGCGUUUUCUACCGUGGACUUGACCAGCAAGGCCACAGGAAAGUUGAUCGCGCAGGGACGGCACACCAAACACCUUGGCAGCAGCUGAACACAUGCUUACAUGGGAGGUAACAUGUCAAACAAGUAUGACAUGUUAUUGUUAUAUAUGUUAUACACAUGUUAUAGUACCCUUGUAUCAUUUUGCCUUCAUUUUUGUAUGAAAACUUCAUUCACUUGACAAUUAAAACAAAUUGCAAAACUA